AUGGAGAAAACAAAAGAGGAAAAAGAAAAAGAGAAGAUGGAAUAUUGGAGUAGCCCCUUCAUCAAUGGCGAUUCUUCUUCCAUCUUCAACUAUCCUUUCCAUAGCUUUGACCAUUUUUCAGGUACAAUGGUGGAGACACAAGGAGUUCCACUUCAUGAACAUCAUGUCCCUCCAGAAAUGGUGGGGAGUAGCUAUGGAGAAGCAAGCAACAACAUCAACGGAUAUGAAAAGAAGAAGAAGAUGACGAGCGAGCAGCUAAAGUUACUAGAGAGAAGUUUCCAAGAGGAGAUAAAGCUGGAUCCGAACAGGAAGAUGAAGCUGUCCAGAGAACUUGGGAUUCAACCAAAACAGAUCGCCGUGUGGUUCCAGAACAGGAAAGCCAGGUGGAAGAACAAACAACUCGAGCUUCUCUACGAAUCACUAAGGCAAGAGUUUGAUGUUGUCUCUAGAGAAAAGGAGUUGCUACAAGAAGAGCUUAUACAACUAAAAUCGAUGAUAAGAGAGUAUGAUUCGAGCAAGAAGAAGCAAACUUGGGAAAAAGUCUGCAGCAAGGAAAUAUCAGUUCAAUUCCAACUCCACUAG